AUGCCAAACCUAGAACUCCUCUGGGCCACUAUCGUGGCAACCUACAAGCCCUCAACGAUAGAAUUCACGGGGACGCUGCUCAUCCAAAUCCUCACCUUCUGGCUCCCCUCCCUAGUCUACCUGGCCCUGCCCACUCUCUUCCCCAACUGGUCAGAACGCCACAAGAUCCAACCGGCCCCAAAACAACCCACGAAGAAAGACAUCCUCUACUGCUUCAAGAUCGUCCUCCGCAACCAACUCCUAACCACAACCCUUCUCCUCGUCCAACUCAAGCUCAGCAAAGGCUCCUCCUACACCAUCACGCCCACCUUCCCCUCCCUCCCCAUUCUGGCCCGCGACUUCAUCCUCAGCCUCCUCGCCCGCGAAGCCCUCUUCUACUACGCCCACCGCUUCCUCCACCGGCCCUUCUUCUACGUCCGCAUCCACAAACAGCACCACAAGUUCACCGCCCCCAUCGCCCUCGCCGCCCAGUUCGCUCACCCCCUCGAACAGAUCUUCGCCAACGCCCUGCCCAUCUCCCUGCCGCCGCAGCUGUUGCGCAGUCAUGUGUUGACCUUCUGGGUGUUCUUGGCGUAUGAGUUGUUUGUGACCGCCACGGUGCAUAGCGGGUUUGAUUUCUUCCACGGCAAGGCGAGAAUGCACGAUUUGCAUCAUGAGAAGUUUAACUUGAAUUACGGGAGUUUGGGGUUGUUGGAUUGGGUGCAUGGCACGGAUCGGUUGGAGAAGAAGAAGGAUUGA